GAAAAAGGAACUUCUACUCCCUGUGCCUGGACAGAGCAGUGAGAGUUCUAGUGCUUCAGUUGUUGCGGAGGGAUGUCUAUGUUUCUUUUUGCUUCUCUCGGGGGUCUUUGAGUUUUGAAACUCGUGGAUGUGGACGCGUUACUUGUUCAUGCCCCUCAGCCGGGCAAAUAUGCCUCGCCUGCCUGUCACGGUCACUGUCUGUCUGCUGGGCUGCAUACUGACAGGCAGCGCUGUGGACAUCUCGGAUGUGACGCUGAUAAACCCAGAUCCUGUAGUGUCCUCAGCAGACGCGUCUCUUCAGUGUGUGAGCAACGACUGGACAUCCUCCGGUCCGGCCUCGCUUGCUCUGGGACAUGGGUUCCCUCUGCCUCAGCAAACGCUGCUAAGCUCCACAGCAGACAAGACAUAUCGCUCUGCAGCCAGAUUCUCCUGGAGGACACGGAGCGACAUAUUCGGGGCUUUCUUUUGCAAGGUCAAAAACUCAAACAAUGGCAAUGUGUACACGUACAAAAUGCUAAACGAAGCGUCGUUUCUUCCCGAGGCGCUCACGGUGACGGCCAGCAUCGGAGACGAUGUGUCCAUCUUGUACACACGGAAGAAAGUGGCUGAAGAGGACACAAUCAUCUACAAGGAUGACUUUUUCGCACACUCCGUGCCUAAAGAAGACAUCCUGGAUUCGGUUCCCUAUUCCAUUAACGAUGUGAAGCCAUCCCAUGCAGGACUCUACACCAUCCGUUACAUGUCAGAAGGACGGUCUGCAUCCGCCAUCACUCGCCUCAUUGUCAGAAACUGCAGUGCAGGCCUGUGGGGUUCUGACUGCACUAAACAAUGCCCAGCCUGUACAAAUGGAGGAGUGUGUGAUGAUAAAACAGGAGAGUGCAUCUGUCCGCCCGGCUUCAAGGGUCCCACCUGUGAAACAGUGUGCGGUGAGGGCCGCUUCGGGAAGACGUGUAAGGAUCGCUGUUUAGGCGGCAAGUGUCGAUCGCUGGUGUUCUGCCUGAGAGAUCCAUACGGCUGCUCGUGCGCCUCUGGGUGGAAGGGUCUGAACUGCAGUGAGGCGUGUGCUCCGGGGUACUACGGCGCCGGAUGCAAACUGCAGUGUGCGUGUGACAAGGGCGUAGGAUGCGACCGUUUUAAAGGGUGUGUGUGUCCUAGGAGACAUGGCGCCCGGUGUGAGAAAGAAGACAAAGAUCCAGUCAUCGCUAGCAGCCUGAGUGAUACAAACCUGAACUAUGGAGCAGCAUACACUGUGAAUUGCUCUGUCCAGGGCCAACCAGCACCUCUACAUGGAGAAAUCAUCCUGCUCAAACCAGACAAGAGCAUUGUACAUGCCAUGGACACAGAGACCGUGGGUGACCAAAGUACAUCCAUGUUUAGGGUGGACAGGAUCACGGAGGCUGACAGUGGACGCUGGGUCUGUCAGGUGAAGACCACCAGCAAUGCAGUGGAGAAAGUGUUCCUUGUCAAUGUUAAAGUUCCUCCACAGCCGCAGUACCCUCCUACCCUAAACAGCAGUGGGCCGUACCAUCUUGUAGUGCAGGUCAAUAAGGAUCUAUACACUGGGGAUGGACCUGUCACCUCAGUCAACGUGACCUACAAGCAGGCCAAUUCGUCACGGUGGAACACGGUGGAAGUGAUUGGAUUGCAGGUGAAGCUGGAGAAUCUCUCCCCCAUGACUCAGUACAUCAUAGGUGUGAGGUUAAGUCGGGAAGGACCCGGGGGCGCAGGAAAAAUAGGACCUAAUGCUACUUUCUAUACACAGAAACUUGAUGUGACUCUCCCUACAGGACUGAAACUGACCCCGGUGAAUCAGACGUCUCUGUCCCUGUCCUGGGAUUCUGCUCCCGCCACAGAUCUGGCUAAAGACGACUGGUGUUACGAUGUGGAGUGUGAACAGGUUGAGGACUCCGACAUGCCACAGAGGUUCCAGCUGCCUCUAAACUCCACCGGCAUCCAGCUAAACAAUCUGAGACCCAGACACAAGUACAAGUGCAGGGUCAGUUUGAACAGCAAAGCAGCAGGUCACUUCUGCCCCACGGUCAGCGCCUGGACCCUCAGCAAUGAACCUCCUCCUGCUCCAUCUGAUGUCUCCACCUCGAACAUCACCGAUUCCUCAGCCAUCCUCACCUGGUCCAUCGCUGAAGGCCACUCCAUCUCCAAGGUGAUCAUUCGUUACCAGGAGAAGGUGGAGGCGGUGUACAGCCAGCAGGUGGAUCUGGAAGUGCAGCCGUUCCAGAAUUCCAUGCACUUCAUGCUGAGAGGUCUGAGGACAAACACAGAAUAUCAACUGCAUCUCUGGACUAUUAAUAACAUGGGGGAGAGCAAGAAGAAGGAAGAGGUGUUUCUGAGGACACUCACACUACAGGAGAGCUCACGUUUGCAUGGGUUCAGAGCUGAUGGAAACAUGCUGUUUUAUGCCAUUCUGGGAUCUGCUGGAAUGACCUGUCUCACCAUCCUGCUGGCUUUCUGCAUCGUUCUCCAGCUCAAGAGAGCCUCCUUACAGAGACGCAUGAGAGAGGAACCUGUGGUCCAGUUUAGCUCCGGGUCUUUAAACGUUCAGAAGAAAGCGACGAGCUCGACACAGGCCGUGUCCUACCCCAUGCUGGAGUGGAGUGACAUCAAGUUCCAGGAUGUGAUCGGAGAAGGAAAUUUCGGCCAGGUGCUCAAGGCUCGGAUUAAGAAAGACGGCCUGAGGAUGGAUGCUGCCAUCAAGCGGAUGAAAGAAUACGCUUCCAAAGAUGAUCACAGGGACUUUGCGGGUGAGUUGGAGGUGCUGUGUAAACUAGGUCAUCACCCCAACAUCAUUAACCUGCUGGGAGCCUGCGAGCACCGAGGUUAUUUGUACCUGGCAAUCGAAUACGCUCCUCACGGCAACCUGCUGGAUUUCCUGCGGAAAAGCCGCGUGCUGGAAACAGACCCGGCCUUUGCUAUUGCUAACAGCACGGCCUCCACGCUCACCUCCCAGCAGCUCCUACACUUCGCCGCAGACGUCGCUCGAGGCAUGGACUACCUGAGCCAGAAACAGUUUAUUCACAGAGACUUGGCAGCCAGAAACAUCCUAGUGGGUGAAAACUAUGUGGCAAAGAUUGCCGAUUUCGGGCUUUCGCGAGGACAAGAGGUGUACGUGAAGAAGACCAUGGGCCGAUUACCUGUGCGAUGGAUGGCCAUAGAGUCCCUCAACUACAGUGUGUACACAACCAACAGUGAUGUGUGGUCAUAUGGAGUGCUUCUCUGGGAGGUAGUGAGUUUAGGUGGGACGCCCUACUGUGGCAUGACCUGCGCUGAGCUUUACGAGAAACUUCCUCAGGGUUAUCGCCUGGAGAAACCACUCAACUGUGAUGAUGAAGUCUAUGAGCUGAUGAGGCAGUGUUGGAGAGAGAAGCCUUACGAGAGACCAUCGUUCGCUCAUAUCCUGGUGUCGCUUAACCGUAUGCUGGAGGAGAGAAAGACAUAUGUGAACACGACGCUGUAUGAAAAAUUCACCUAUGCGGGAAUCGACUGCUCUGCUGAAGAGGCCGGCUGAUUUUACCUCCCAGUGCGCAGUGGACAUGUAUCAUAAAGUUUAUGCAAUCCUGUGAUCAGGAUUCACGGACUAGAGAUUUUUUUUGCACACAUUGUGUCUUUUCUUAUUACUAUGAUAAAGUUUUAGAUCAUA